AUGCUGUGUAAACUGAUUUUAUUUUUUGCUUUGCUUCUCGCCGUCUUAGAACCUCUGCUUGGACAUCCGUUGGAUACCUACGCCAGGCCUGUUCUUGUAGAAGAGGAGCAGGUGGUGAGUCCAGAAGAUCGGAGUUACUUGGAGCAAGCAUAUCUCGAUUACCCGUCCCUCAUAACCAGAGACAUCAGCAGUGAUGGUCUCAGAACAGCAGGAUUUGUCCCCAGCCAAGCUGUAAAAGAAGUCUUGUUGGGAAAGCCGUUGUUGAAUCCUUUAAGCCGUUUUCUGGGCAACCGGAAGCAGUAUCGUAAGAGAGGAAGCAAUACAGAGUGUUUCUGGAAAUACUGCGUCUGAAAACAUCAAAUCAGACAUGCACUGACAAAUACAUGCACCUGCAUAGUUGAAUGUUCUCACUUGCUUUACAUGCAAUUUGCAACACUCACGCACAAAAUUUGUGGGCCUGAUACCUAAACAAUUUGCUAUUUAUGUUUGUUGGGAAAUAAAGCUGAUUAUGUAUUUGUAUAUAUAAAUAAUUGCUCUUGAGCUCAGAUGUAAAUAAAGUAAAUAUGUUUGAAAAAGAUCUUCUGGUUUGGUUUUGCAUUUAUUGUGUAGGGUGCCCCAGUCCAUAUUUCCCUUCUCAUGCAAGUUCAAACUGUCAUUAUCAGCAUGCACAUUCACAUUAGUAUCCUCUGUCUGCGUGGGAAAUUUGAAGGAUGUAGUCCACAUUAUUGCAAAAUAUUAAAGAAAAUAUAUUUUGGGAGGUGUUGACACUAACAUGUGACUAGUGUUACAACAGCGUCCGAUACGGGGACAGUUGUAACAAAUGCACUCCUCGCCUUCACACGCUAAUUGUGGAAAACAGGAACUACUUAUGUAGGCUUUUGAUAUUUAUUUUGCUUUACAUGCAAUGCAAUACUUCAUAUUGAGAGUCUACAUGGAAUAUUUGUAUGUUUUAAAAUGAAUCUCUCACAUUGCAGGACUAGUGGCCAACCGAUAUAUCGCCGAGGCCGAUAAAUCGGCCGAUAUUCUGACUUUUUUAAUUAUCAGCAUCAGCCAAUAAAUAUUCCCGUUUGGCCUGUUUUUUUCUUGAGGGCGCUGAGAAUCGCCUGCUUACAUGUGAAGCGACUGUGACAUGUAAACGUCCAGUCAUGGUUUGUUUUGUUGUUAUGUGCCAUCGUGUUACUACAAUAAUAGACUGGUGUGCAACACAGUCUCAUUUAAACAGUCCGCAUAUCAGAGCCGCGUCAGACGCAUUUGAGCUCAUAAUGUUACAUUGCUCACCUGUUUCAUUCUCCCUCUCUCUCCUCAACAGUUCCCUGUAACUUUUAACUUUCUUUUCUAAUGAUAAAAAGGCAAAAAUCAACAAAAAUAAUAUCAUAUAUCGUCUGCAAAUAUGUGCAUAUCUCGUUUAAACAGAUGUAAUAAACAAACCUCACAAAACUUGAGCAGAUCCAGCAUCCUGUGGAGCGCUCAUUUAUUUACCCCUAUAGCAUGUAUUCUAUCAGCCUCUCCUCAGUUGUUCCCUGUAAAUUUUAACUUUUGUUUUCUAAUGAUAAAAGGCAAAUAUCAAUAAAACAUCUAUUAAAUACUGUUUGCAAAUAUGUGCAUAUCUCGUUUAAACAGAUGUAAUUCACGAACCUUACAAAAAUCCAGCGUUUAAUAAUAUCUACCUCUGAAGCGUGAAUUUUAUUAGCCCGAAUCAAAACUUCAGGAUCAAAAGUUCCUCUGAUUCACAAAUCAGGAUGGUCACUCCGUGGCAAUCCAGGCAGGCGAUCCAGGCCGUUUAAACCGUCAGGAGAUUGCUGCUCACGCUGGGAUCUGCAUGAGCCCGUGAAUGCAACUUCAAAGUAAAAGCGCUUCACUUGUGCUAUGAUUAAAUGUCUUAAUCACUUUGCACUGUAUGUGCAAAUGGUUUGAUUUAGUAUUUUUGGAGAAAAUGCGAUUGCUAACAUGGACAUGCCAUCCAUGGUUGCUGGACUACUGUGUGUACUGUUAUUUUGUUCUUCCUAAUAUAUUAACAAUUUCUUCAUGUGCAAAUAAAUUACUAAAAAUUGAUGACUAAACAGAAAUCAGAGGAAACUGACAUCUACUUGUAUCACCUGAGACUUUUGCCGUUUACCUUCUUGUGUCUCUGAUCCUGUUUCCUGCCCUAAUUAUUCCCAGCUGUAUCUCGUUUACCUUGUUUGCCCCAGUGUAUAUAAUGUCCCUGUGUUUGCUCAGUCUUUGUCAGUUGUUGUUCCUGUUACCCUUCAUGGAUGUGACGUUUGUUCUGUUACUGAGGUUUUGUUUUGUUUUGUUUUGUUUUGUUCUGUUCCUGUGUUUUCCAGGUUUUGUAUCUGGACUUGUUUUCUUAUUAAAUAUAAGCUGUACUUAGAUCCUGCUCUCUUGACUUCCUCAAGCAAUCGUUACAGAACCACUGAAAAU